GAACUCAUGUAGCUAGCUAGCAGGGCAGUGAAAUAAAUUUAAUUAUGUUGCAAAACGUGGAAUUUCUUAUAUUUUAGCCAUAAUUUGCUUGCUAGAGCAAAUAGCUUCUAGCGUUUGCCACUUGCGGAGCGAACUUUAGCCACUCGUUGUUGCUGAAGUUAGCUAACUAGCUAACAUAACAAGUUUGUCACAGACAAAAGGGAAAACCAGUAUCUUUGAGUUUCUCAUUUUGUAAAAAUAAUAUAUGUUUUACGUAUUAACUAGUUAACUAUGGCAAGUAAAAAGCUCAGAAGAACAGGUGUGUCACUCGAAGUAUGCGAACGACUCAAGCGCCACCAAAUUGAAACUUGCCAGGACCUGCUGUCCCUCACACCUCUAGAGGUGAUGCGCCUCGCGGGGCAGAGUUACCAGCAGGUGUUGAUGCUGCUGCAAUCAGUCAGCCAGGCCUGUGCCCCCUCAAUGACCACCGCGUUGGAGGUGUGGAAGCAGAGGGCUGACCUGUUUUUCUCCACAUCCCUACCUGCCCUGGACAGACUGCUUCAGGGAGGGCUACCACGGGGGACACUCACAGAGGUGACUGGCCCCUCAGGUUGUGGGAAGAGCCAGGUGUGUAUGAUGCUCAGUGUGCUGGCCACUCUGCCAAAGUACAUGGGUGGCCUCGACAGCGGAGUCAUCUACAUAGAUACGGAGUCUGCUUUCUCAGCAGAGAGGUUAGUGGAGAUUGCUCAGAGCAGGUUUCCAGACUACUUCUGUGAGAAGGAGCGUGUGUUGGAGAUGGCUGGACGUGUCCACCUUUUUCGGGAGCUCACGUGUCAGGAUGUCCUGGACAGACUGGAGAGGCUGGAGGAGGACAUCAUCUCCUCCAAGGCUGGGUUGGUGAUUCUUGACUCGGUGGCCUCAGUGGUGAGGAAGGAGUAUGACACAACACUGCCUGGGAACCUCACUCACCGCAGCAACCUGCUGGGCCAGGAGGCUGCCACCCUCAAAUACCUGGCUCAGGCCUUUCACAUCCCUGUGGUCUUGACCAACCAGAUCACGACGCAUGUGGGCGAUCGAGGAGAGAGAGGCGCUGCGUCAUUCAGGGGAGCAUCUGAUGAGAGGGAUUCUGGGUAUGUGACGGCGGCGCUGGGGAACACAUGGAGUCAUAGCGUCAACACCCGCCUCAUUGUCCAGUAUGUAGAUGCACACCAAAGACAGAUUGUGAUAGCGAAGUCACCUGUGGCCCCGUUUGCUGUUCUAAACUACACCGUCCAGAAGGAGGGCAUCCGUCUAGAGGGAAAUGAUGAUAACCAGGAAAUGUUGCAUCAAGGCACAGACCCGGGCCUCCAGCCGAUCAGAGUGCGGACAGGAUUCAACUACAACCUGACACAAGCCAAUCCUGCUGCCGUUGGCCACCUGAAGCGUCUUUGACUCUGGGAACUGUGUGUGUGUGUGUCAGGGCUCUACAGUGCUACCAUUUUGGUGCUAAAUAGUGCUAAAUAUUUUUGUUGUGCGGACAGGAAUUUUAAUUUGGGAAUACCAGUGCCCAUAGAAAACAAAUCACCCAGGUAAUAAUGUUUGUAAUGAUUUCUCCGCAGCCUCAGUAGUAUGCAAACAUGGUGGCACAGAAAGAAAGGAAAAUAGCUUUUUUAGGAGAUGAGGAUUCGUAUAGACCCAAUGUAUAUGGAACGCUGUUUGGGUCUUUGCGUGUCAAAAAAGACAAGUCAAAUAACAUUAUUUGACGUAUCAAAUAACGCUAUUUGACACAUCAAAUAGGCUUGUUGACCAAUCAGGACCAUAAUAAUUUAACAUGUUCAGUAAUGUUUUACGUAGUUAUUACACAUUGAUUACACAAUCACUGCUGGACAUAAAAAAGCUAGCGAGCUGAUGGAUGCAAACAAUGUUCUUCCCCAAAAACAUAGCAAAAUGACAUCUGUUUCAGUAGCUAUAGUUAACCAGAUAACUAUCUAGCUAGGUGGUGUCAUCUAAAAUACUUCUAAUUUAUAAGACAGUUGUUAUUUGAUUAAUGGUGGUUGGACCCACCUAUGUGAAGCUAGCCACAAUAAGGUUUAGCCACAAUAGUGGAAUUGGC